CUCAGCUUUCUCUUCCAUACAUGUUUCAACUGCUGAUCGCACUGCAGUUAAAGGACUGGUUUCCCUCCAGCUUCAGCAGGCUGUAACCUUCCCGCCUCCACCCAACAACCAAACCAGUCCUCAUUUCUGUGUGUGCAGCGUGAGCUGAUAGCUCCCCAAUAAUGGAACAGUGUGGGACAGUUGUUCAUGCUGAUGGACAGAAUUCCCUGACAGGGAAUUUUAGAGAGGACAUCACCCUGAUCACUGGAGCUGCUCAGCUGCACGAUGAAUAUCAGAUUAUCUGGUCUCAUGUUCAAAAGGUCUUAAUCAACUAUGAUAACAGAGAAUGGGUAACGAAUGCAGCAAACAAGUACCAGCUGGAUACAAAGACCGGAUCACUCACCAUUCGAUCCCUCAUUGCCAACGACAGCGGACUUUACCAGGUCCAGAUCUUCAGUGGGAGCAAGAGGACAGCAAAGACAUUUAACCUGAGUGUUGUGGGAGCACCAUCCAAAUAUCCUCCAACUCCGGCACAAAAUCCAUCUGCCGAUGACGCUUCUCAGACUUCUUCUUCAGCUGAUCAGCGUCCAACAGAUCCUGAUCCCAACCCACCAACUGGACCUCCACAGCCACUCGGGAUCAUUGGACUGGUUGGACUCUUUUUGGGUCUUGGUGCCUGCACCGUGCUGGUGAUUAUAAAGCGUGAGCCAAUCAAAGGGUUUUUCCGGGGUCGGUUCACACCAUGCAAACCAGAAGAUCCUGGAAAACUGGAGCAGGAGCAGGAGAGGGAUACACUCGUGUGACAGACCGUCCCACAUCAAAGAAGGCAAGCUAGCCGAGUAGCUGCUAUUUUGGUUAGCUUGCAGUACCUUAGCAGUUGUACCUGUGAAGUCCGUCUAAAGCAAACAGGAAUGACCUCAUUUCAAACAUCAAACCAAAACCCCGACUGACUUCAAGAGUUUCAGAGACCAUAACUCAGCCUUUCUUAUACUAUUAUUUAAUUUAAAGAUGCUGUAAAUUGCACAUUUCCAAAGACUGCACUGGAU